AUGUCGUCAAAGAUCACCACCAAGGAAGCGGCGGAGCGGCUUAUUGAUAGCUACGACUACUUCUUGUUCGACUGCGAUGGUGUCAUUUGGACGGGGUCGAAAUUGCUCCCCUACGUCGACGAAACCAUCGCUCUACUCAAGAAGAAGGGGAAGAAGGUGUAUUUCGUCACCAACAACUCGACCAAGCUGAGGGACGACUACUUGACCAAGUUUCAGGGUAUGGGUAUCCACGGCAUUGAAAAACUGGAAGUGUUCGGCCUGUCUUACGCCACUGCCGUCCAUAUUGAUAAAAUCUUAAAAUUGCCCAAAGAUAAGAAAGUAUGGGUUCUUGGGGAAAAAGGGAUUGAAACUGAGCUUCAGGAGAGGGGGUACUCGACGGCUGGCGGCGCUGAUCCCGAUUUAAAUAAGGCGGGUCACCAACCAUUCGACGAUUCUAGCCCGUAUUUGACGGAGCUUGAUUCCGAGGUGGGGUGUGUCGUCGCUGGCCUUGCGUUUAACCUUUCCUACUUAAAGCUCUCCGUCACGUUACAAUACUUACAAAAGGGGCUCCCGUUUAUCGCGACUAAUAUUGAUCUGACGUUCCCGACUCACGGUAAGCUCUUGUUGGGUGCGGGUCUGAUUAUCGAGUCGGUGGCCUAUGCCGCGGGAAGACAACCCGAUACCGUGUGUGGUAAGCCUAACCAGGCGAUGAUGGACGCGAUUAAAGCGGAGAACCCGCCGUUACAACUGAACCCUAAGCGCGGGCUCAUGGUAGGAGACCGGUUAAACACCGAUAUGAAGUUUGGCCGCGACGGCGGCCUCGAUACGUUAUUGGUGUUGACGGGUAUUGAAUCCGAACAACUGGUGGCGGGUGUUGCCGAAAAACCCACCUACUACGCCGAUAAACUCGGCGACUUGUAUCAGUUGACCCAGCAGUAG